GCUCACGAUCAGUUUAUUCAUGCUAUCGAGGCCAAGCUUCACGUCGGAGGAGUCGAGGGUUUUUCCCGAGGCGUAGAUGGCGCCUUGGAGUUUCGCGGCAGGAUUGUGGUGCCAAAAGUCGAAGCGUCGAGGAAGGAAAUUUUAACUGAGGCUCAUACCGUACCAUAUCUAGCCCAUCCAGGAAGCACAAAGAUGUAUCAUGACCUGAAAAGGUCGUCUUGGUGGCGAGGAUUAAAGAAAGACGUAGCCGACUUUGUGAGAAGAUGUUUAACCUGUCAACAAGUUAAAGCCGAGCACAAGAGUCCCAUAGGCCUUCUACGACCACUGUCGAUUCCGAAGUGGAAGUGGGAGGAGGUUACGAUAGAUUUUGUCACGGGAUUACCGAGGUCGUCUGAACAUCACGACGCUAUUUGGGUCGUGGUCGACAGAUUGACUAAGGAUGCUCAUUUCUUGCCAGUAUCGAUGAAUAUGUCUUUGGACAAGUUAGCUGAGAUUUAUACCCGUGGGAUCGUUCGACUCCACGGAGUGCAUGUUACUAUCAUGUCAGACAGAGAUCCCAGAUUCACUAGUAGAUUCUGGCAGAGUUUGCACGAGGCGAUGGGCACGAAGUUAGCAUUUAGUUCAGCCUACCAUCCAGAGACUGACGGACAGACAGAGCGGACUAUUCAGACAUUAGAGGAUAUGUUGCGAGCUUUGGUUGUUGACAGGGGUGCUAAGUGGGAGUCGUUAUUGUCGUAC